AUGUCUCAGCCAACUCAACGCCAAGCCUGGCGUCGAACAGACGAUUAUGCAAAGGGCGCCCCCAAGGUGAAACUCGUCACAGAAGAUCUUCCUCUACCUCUUCAUCCAACCGCCGUUCUCAUAAAAGUGCACGCAGCUGCUCUCAACUAUCGCGAUGCCAACAUAGCCAAUGGCGGUAACCCCUGGCCUGUUACUCCCAAUGGUAUUCCUGGAAAUGAUGCCGCCGGUGAGAUCGUUUCAGUCGGGAAUAGAGUCUCGCUCGUCAAAGUGGGCGAUCGUGUUGCUCCGAUCACGGACUCAAAAUUUGUGAAUGCUCGCUCGACGGGAAGAUCUUGGCUCGCGGCCAAUGAGGAUGGAAUCUUGGCCACUUACAUUGCCUUUGAUGAGAAGUUGGUGACGAAAUUACCUGAGCAUCUUGAUUGGACUCAGGCUUCGAUCAUCCCCUGUGCUGGAACGACCGCUUGGUCUGCCCUUAAAGGCGCUACAAUCGGGCAAACAGUGUUGAUCCAAGGCAAGGUACCUAAUAAUUUACGAAUCUCAGGCACUGGAGGCGUUUCCACUUUUGCUCUCAAGCUGGCUCGCGCUUCUGGUCUUCGAGUCAUCCUUACUUCCUCAAGUGACGAGAAGUUGGAACAAAUCAAGAAGCAGUUCGGAAAACCAGAGAUCCAAGCCGUCAACUACAAGGCUCACCCAGAAUGGCACAAGGAAGUCCUUCGUCUAACAAACGGUGUCGGCGUUGAUCUCGUCGUUGAGAACGGUGGCAGCAGUUCUCUCGUUCGCUCCAUGGAGUGCACUCGACGUGGAGGCAUUGUGAGCCAAGUUGGUUAUCUGGGCGGCCCUAAACCUGAAAAUUUGGAGGAGUUUGUUUCCACUAUCAUUGAUCGACGACUGAACGUUCGUGGUAUCAACGCAGGAUCUAAGGAUGAUCAGGAUGAGCUUAUAGCUGCCAUCUCUGCGACACAGAUAACUUUUGAGGAUAUCCUCGACUCAACUUGGUCUUUCGACAAGGCAGAUAAGGCAAUCGAGUAUGUUUGGCAAGGCAAACAGGUUGGAAAGGUCGUCAUCAAACUUGGUGAUUAG